UUUUAUAAGCUCACGAUGCUGAGAUGUCUCAGUUGUUCCGGCGUUCUCCGUGUGUUAAGUACGACUUUGGGAGGGGACAAAAUGCUUGGCUCAAUUGGCUUAGUUACCGUUUUGGUCUUUAUAUCUGGGGGUGUUGUGGCCCAACAAAAGCCCUUGUAUCCACCUUUGUCACUGGGUGGUCCUUUAGAGGCCUUAACGCCACCCUCCGCCUUUGAGAUGCGAACGGCGAGCAUCACUUCAUUGCGAGCGAAUUUCGAUGAUAGUUUAUUGCGCAACAUAUCUCAGGGAGCUCAGCAAUUUGCAUUGGAUCUACUGCAGCGGAUCUCAGAGGGUGUCGAGCGGGAUAAUGCCGAUUUCAUGAUAUCCCCCUUUUCGGUAUGGUCCUUGCUCAUUCUUCUAUACGAGGGUGCCGAUGGGUCAACAUAUCAGCAAUUGCGUCAGGCACUUCGCAUCAAUGUGGAUGAUGAGCAAUUGCGAGCCGUCUAUCAGGUGUGGAGUCAAUACUUAAACGUUAAGACCUCUACCAUUGAGGUGGCAUCCCUUCAGGCUGUCUACACGGACAGUCAUUCGCCAUUGAAGAGCAGCUAUCGUGAUGUUGUUAAGAACUAUAAUGUUCAGCCGAUCGAAGUGGAUUUCUAUAGUCGGCAAUCGGUGAUACAGAUCAAUGAGGAUACAAAUCGUUCAACACGCGGCCUAAUACCAUACACGGUCCUGCCGCAGGAUGUUGUGGGUGCUAAAAUGUUUUUGCUCUCCUCAUUAUUCUUUAAGGGACAGUGGAAGUUACCCUUUAAUCAGUCAGCUACUCGUACGGAACCUUUCUACAAUGAAAACGGAGAGGUUGUUACCCAAAUACCAAUGAUGGUGCAGGAGGCCGACUUUGCAUAUAUCACAAAAAUCGAAGGUUUGGAUGGUUAUGUUCUGGAAUUGCCCUACGGCAAGGAGGAUCGUCUCUCUAUGAUUGUGAUAUUGCCGAAACGGGGCUUUAAACUCCAUGAUAUUGCCAACAAUCUGAAGAAUAUGGGUCUAUCGCCUAUAGUCCAACGUUUGGAGGCUUUUAAACGUUCUGCUUCCGAGGAUAAUCUUGUCGAGGUGGUAAUGCCUAAAUUCACUACUACCACAGACUUUAAUAUGACAAAUGUCCUCAAUCAGAUGGGCAUACGAGACCUGUUCGAUGAGGAUCGCGCUAAUCUCAAUCGCAUGGCUUCUGGCUUAUAUGCCAGAGUUUGUAUCCAUUCCACCAAGAUUAUUGUCGAUGAGAAGGGCACAACAGCCGCCGCUGUUACAUCGGCAUCACUUGUCAACAAGGCUACCCCACCAAAAUUCGUUCUCAAUAAACCCUUUCAAUAUCUAAUUGUGGAUAAGUCAACAAAUCUGCUACUGUUUGCUGGUCAAGUUCGUAACCCUAAGGAGCUUUAAGCUUGAGUAAUAUUUUUAUUUUAUUUUUUUUUUAUGUACGAAUAAACAGUUUUUUAAUCUAAA